UUUCCAGACUACAAUUAAUUUAUUUACGUACGUAAAUAGUUUCGGUGUUAUGGCGACGUGAGAGUUACAAAACUGUAGAUAUUUAUAAUAUAUAUAUAUAUAUAUACAUACAGAGAAAACAAAAUAAGAAUAAUUAUUGGAUCGGAGGAAGAAGAAGGAGAAGAAGAUCAAUGAAGACGAAGAAAUUAAUUUUAUUAGUUAGGAUUUUAAUAUUUAAGAUUUACGAUUUAAGAGUUAAGAGGAGAAGCAAGGAAUGAAUGAUAAGAGAGAGCGAGAGAGAAGAAAUAAAGAAAAAGGAGCCAUAGCUUUAUAUUCUUUUUUCUUUCGUUAUUGUAUUGUUAGGUAGUGUUAUCAGAGAGGACUUAGGAGGAGCAAAUGACGGAGAGAGAGAGAGAGAAGUGGAAAGCAAAGCAAGGGCCUUUCACAUCCAAAGUCCAUAUGCACGCUUUAGUUCUCUCAGACUCUCACGCUUCCCAGCUUGACUGACUGUAACAUAUCUCAACCCCGGGGGGCUUCUGCAGGGUAGAUCUCAACUUCAUUCCAAAUCUGAUCAUAUCUGAAAUCUGAAACUCCGGAAUUUAGAGGAGAGGCCGCCCGCAUUAAUGGAGGCGAGUGCCGGUUUAGUAGCAGGCUCCCACAAUAGAAAUGAGCUAGUCGUCAUCCGCCGUGACGGCGAAUCUGCCCCGAAACCUCUGCAGCAAUUGCGCGGCCAAAUAUGUCAGAUUUGUGGAGACGAUGUGGGGCUAAAUUCAGAAGGAGAGCUAUUCGUUGCUUGCAACGAGUGUGCUUUUCCCAUUUGCCAUACUUGCUACGAGUACGAGCGCCGAGAGGGAAACCAAGUUUGCCCCCAGUGCAAAACCAGUUUCAAACGCCUUAAGGGGUGCGCCAGAGUGGACGGCGAUGAAGAAGAAGACGACAUCGAUGACGUGGAUAACGAGUUCAAUUUUGACGCAAGUAAGAGCAACAAACACGAUAUGCAGCAGCACCAUGCUCUCGCUGCCACCGACGCAAUGCUUCACGGCCACAUGAGCUAUGGCCGUGCCUCCUCUGACUCCCAUUACCAUCAUCAUCAUCAUCAUGUCCUUCAUCCUUUGCCCCAACUUCCUCUUCUUACCAACGGUCAAAUGGUUGAUGAUAUACCUCCUGAUCAACAUGCCUUGGUCCCUUCUUUCAUGGGAGGGGGAGGCGGAGGUGGCGGCAAAAGGAUUCACCCCCUUCCUUUCUCAGAUUCAGGCCUUCAAGUGCAACCCCCCAGAUCUAUGGAUCCUUCCAAAGACCUGGCUGCUUAUGGCUAUGGAAGUGUUGCUUGGAAGGAAAGAAUGGAGCUUUGGAAGCAAAAACAAGAGAAAUUGAUGACCAAGAAUGAAAACAGUGGCAGAGGUUGGGACAAUGAUGGCGAUUGCCCUGAUUUACCACUAAUGGAUGAGGCAAGACAGCCCUUGUCCAGAAAGUUGCCCAUUCCAUCAAGCCAAAUCAACCCUUACCGAAUGAUCAUCAUAAUUCGACUUGUAGUUCUUGGAUUCUUCUUCCACUACCGAGUCAUGCAUCCUGUGAACGAUGCAUAUGCAUUGUGGCUUGUAUCAGUAAUAUGUGAGAUUUGGUUUGCUCUCUCAUGGAUUCUUGACCAGUUUCCAAAGUGGCUUCCUAUUGACAGGGAAACUUACCUAGAUAGGCUGUCCCUGAGAUAUGAGAAGAAAGGCCAGUCUUCUCAACUUUCUUCUGUAGAUAUAUUUGUCAGUACAGUUGAUCCAUUGAAAGAACCUCCUCUGGUGACUGCAAAUACAGUUCUUUCCAUUCUUGCAGUGGAUUACCCAGUAGACAAGGUCUCGUGUUAUGUUUCUGAUGACGGUGCUGCUAUGCUUACAUUUGAGGCACUAUCAGAAACAUCCGAAUUUGCUAGGAAGUGGGUCCCUUUCUGCAAAAAGUUUAACAUUGAGCCACGUGCACCUGAAUGGUAUUUUGCUCAGAAGAUAGAUUACCUCAAAGAUAAAGUGCUUCCAUCCUUUGUGAAGGAGCGGAGAGCAAUGAAGAGAGAAUACGAAGAGUUUAAAGUUCGAAUCAAUGCUUUGGUUGCCAAGGCUCAGAAGGUCCCAGAAGAAGGGUGGACAAUGCAAGAUGGGACUCUAUGGCCUGGAAAUAAUGUUCGUGACCAUCCUGGAAUGAUUCAGGUGUUUCUUGGCCAAAGCGGAGGACAUGACGCAGACGGCAAUGAAUUACCACGCCUGGUGUAUGUUUCUAGAGAAAAGAGACCUGGGUUUAACCACCACAAAAAGGCUGGAGCAAUGAAUGCUCUAGUCAGAGUCUCUGCUGUGCUCACAAAUGCUCCUUAUCUAUUGAACUUGGAUUGUGAUCACUAUAUCAAUAACAGUAAAGCUCUUAGAGAGGCUAUGUGUUUCAUGAUGGAUCCAUUACUAGGAAAAAGAGUGUGCUAUGUUCAAUUCCCCCAAAGGUUUGAUGGUAUCGACAGGCAUGAUCGAUAUGCCAACCGAAAUACAGUAUUCUUUGAUAUUAACAUGAAAGGUUUGGAUGGGAUCCAAGGACCCAUUUAUGUUGGGACCGGUUGUGUCUUCAGAAGGCAGGCUUUCUAUGGUUAUGACGCUCCAAAAACAAAAAAGCCACCAACCAGGACAUGCAAUUGCUGGCCAAAAUGGUGUUGUUGUGGAUGCUGUUGUUCUGGCAAGAGGAAGAAGAAGAAGAGCAACAACAAACCUAAGAACGAUAUGAAGAAUAUAAAUUCCAAGAAGGGAGAUCUCCCUGUGUGUGCUUUUGAGGGUAUUGAAGAGGGCAUUGAAGGGACUGAAGGUGAAAAUUUAGGUCUGAUGCCUAAGCAUAAGUUGGAAAAAAAGUUUGGGCAGUCCCCUGUGUUUGUUGCGUCCACCCUGCUGGACGAUGGUGGGACUCUGAAAAGUGCUAGUCCAGCCUCUCUGCUUAAAGAAGCCAUCCAUGUUAUCAGUUGUGGGUAUGAAGAUAAAACAGAAUGGGGAAAAGAGGUUGGCUGGAUCUAUGGUUCAGUGACAGAGGAUAUCUUGACAGGGUUUAAAAUGCACUGUCAUGGGUGGAGAUCCAUAUAUUGUAUCCCUGACAUGCCAGCAUUCAAAGGUUCUGCACCCAUUAAUCUUUCUGAUCGUCUGCACCAAGUCCUUCGAUGGGCACUUGGAUCUGUUGAAAUAUUCCUGAGCAGGCAUUGCCCUCUUUGGUAUGGAUAUGGAGGGGGUUUGAAGUGGCUAGAGCGUUUCUCAUAUAUAAAUGCUACCAUAUAUCCAUGGACAUCAAUUCCUUUGCUGGCUUAUUGUACUCUACCUGCUGUGUGCUUGCUCACUGGGAAAUUUAUCACUCCAGAGCUUAGCAACGUUGCCAGCCUGUGGUUUCUGUCGCUUUUCAUCUGUAUUUUCGCAACGAGUAUUCUGGAAAUGAGAUGGAGUGGAGUUGGUAUUGACGAAUGGUGGAGAAAUGAGCAGUUUUGGGUGAUUGGUGGGGUUUCAGCGCAUUUGUUCGCAGUCUUCCAGGGGCUCUUAAAGGUUUUAGCCGGUGUUGAUACGAACUUCACUGUGACAUCAAAAGCAGGGGAUGACGAAGAGUUCUCGGAGCUGUAUGCGUUUAAAUGGACCACACUGCUCAUCCCACCGACCACACUGCUCAUAAUAAACCUGAUUGGAGUGGUUGCCGGAGUUUCAAAUGCAAUAAACAACGGCUACGAGUCAUGGGGGCCACUGUUUGGUAAGCUCUUCUUCGCUUUCUGGGUGAUAGUUCACCUAUACCCUUUCUUGAAGGGUCUGCUGGGCAGGCAAAACAGGACUCCCACGAUCAUCAUUGUCUGGUCCAUUCUGCUCGCUUCCAUAUUCUCGCUUCUGUGGGUUCGGAUUGACCCAUUUUUGGCGAAGGCAGAUGGCCCACUCUUGGAGGAAUGUGGAUUGGAUUGUAAUUAGCAACUGAACAAGACGAAGAAGAUAUAUUGAUGGAAAAUGUGUGUUCUUUUGUAAUGAGGUGGGGUUUUUUGUGCCCCCCGGGGGAGGGGGGGCGGGGCUGCAAUGCAAGGUGUAGAUUAAUCUGUGUAUAUGACAUUGACAGGGAUGGAGUUUAGUUACGAAAUCCAACCAUCUCACCUCAUAGCGGCCUUUUGUUUUUUACAAUGGGGGUAAUGGUGGUGGGCGUUGUUGGGCAUAAGUCCGAUUCUUUAUUUGUUUGAUUUUAUAAGAAUGGGAGAAAAAAAGUGUAUUUACCCUCCAAAAAAAAAAAAAAAAAAAAAAAAAAAAAUUGGGGAAGAAUAUAAUGUAGGUGUAGUGGCGAAUCAACCACGCUACCCCUGUAAUACUACUACUAUUCUUGUUUUACGAGUUUCUCCAUUUGAUUCUCAAUAACCCUGGGCUAUGAUAACCGGCUUCAUGUAACUACGACCACGAGAGGCAGAAUAUAGGGGUUUAUAGGUUCAUUUAUUUAUUAUGUUGUCAUUGCCGAGUUGUUUAUGACAAAAAUAAAUAAAAAUUGUUGGUGUUCUGUUUUUCGUUCU